AUGCUUGAUUAUCCAAAAAUAUAACUAAAAACUGAACUAACACUAAUAGGAAUUGAAUACUUGAUCAACGUUCAAGCUAAUGAUCAUUUGCUGUAUAUAUAUUUUAUACAUUAAUUAUAUAGAAUUAGAAUCUAAAUAUGAACCCGAUAUCUGGAAAAAUACUUACACUAUCCAUUAUAUUGAAGAACUUACUCGCAAAACAGGAAAUCAGAAAAAGUUCAAUAUAUUUCUUUCCAUGUUAUAAACUGCGAUACAAAAAACCAAUGAAAAUGUAUUAAAUAUAUUUUAUAUAGAUAUUUUUUGAAAUUUUGACUUACCAAGAUCUCGAGAAUCUAAAAUAAUAGAAUAAUAGAAUUAAAGUCAUGUUUCUAGAACAUCAUCAACAAAUUCAAAAAUCAAUAAAAGAUAUCUCAUUUUAUCAUAUAAAACUGAUUUUGAAAAAGUUCAUUAUCCGUUAGCCUUAAAUUAUGAAGAACAUAUAGAAAACUCAAGAUUAAUGACUAAAAUCUAGAAUCUAAAAACAGAAUUAUUAGACCAUAAAUCAUAAAAAUAGAAUGACUCUGAAAUUUUAGUUUCUAGUUCAUUUUCCAUAAGUAAGAGGGAUAUUUAAACAUUCGAUUCCUUAGUGAAUUAAAAUGAAUUAUUGAAACCUAAGGUUAAGAAAUUGGAAGAGACUUUGACCCAAAAAAAAGGGGCAGUUGAAGUUGAUUAAUUGAUAAGAGAUAAUGAGGACCUAUAAAAUUUGUUAAAUACAUCCAAAUUGUUAUAUGAAGAGAAGAUCUAGAAGUUAGAACAAUAGAUAGAUUUAAAAAGUACAGAAAUUGUUAUGUAAAUAAAUCAAGUGCUUAUAAUAUAAUAAAGAUUAGAUAAAUGUAUUUAAAAAGGAGUUAUCAAGUUUGAUUGGUUAAGUAGAGACGGAUAAUCAAAUCAAAAAGCAUAUCAAGCUUAUGAAUGAGGAUGAGGAAAGUAAAUUGGUUAAAGCAUAGAAAACUAUUCAAAAAUACGAAAAAGAACUAGAAUCCCUUAAUUAGUAUAUAAUUAAUAAAACCAUAGAUAAAUAGAUUCAUUAAAGAAAUAAGAUGCAGUAAAAAAGAGAAGAAUAAAUUAGUUGGAAACAGAGCUAUCUUAGUCAAUGAAAAGGUAUAGUUACAAAGGAGUUACUGACAGACUUUAUUCUCCAUACAGUAACUACUCUAAUGCUAGCAGGAAAUCGAAUCACUCAGUUCCGAAUAGAGCGAAUUCAAAUAAUUCUCCUGGAAAUGCAUCUCCAAAUGUGAGGUAGACUUCUCCAAAUUUGAGCAAAAAUUCACGUUCUUCUGUUUAAUAUUCAGUUAGUAUAGAUAGUAUUUUAGUCUUCACAUCAGAAACCUCAAUUUUAUAACACUUCUCCAAUGAACAAAUAGCAAUUUUAGAAGAAACCCUCUCCAGCUAGAACACAACAAUAGAUCAAGCCUAAUCUUAAUAGGACAUCUCCAAUAACUUAAAAGAAGCCAUCUCCUGGCAGAAACAAUAUGUUUAAAUAGGCUUCUCCUCCAGGAUAAAACAAUUAACAGCAAAGGGUUCCUUAAUAAUAGUAGACUAAAUAAAGGGCAAAUUAAUCUGCUAAUCAUUAUAAGUAGCCUAUCAAGUAGGUAAACCAAUAUGA